GUAAUUUCGAGAUGUUCUUAUAAAUCUCACCCAAACAAUCUUUCCAUUCCUUCUGGCCUCCUGGAGGAAGGAAUUUCACCAGUUGUGCUACAGAAGUUGUAUGAUUGAAAUAAUAAAGUUUCGGCAGACGAAAAUUUCACGAUGAAAACUUACCGUUGUGCAGUAUUCCCGAUCGUGCUUGUUGUGAUAGUAUUAACGGAACUUACCCAAGGUGUACCACAACCUGUCAGACCUACAGUUACAAAUAACGACAUCAGAGAUGCGAUACUGCAGAUUGUUAACGUGAUAAGGGCCACAGAAGACAAGCUGGAAAGGCACGAGUACAGGGAGAAAGGCUUGGGUGAAACGCUCAAAAGAGGUCUCAUCUCCAUAGACAGGAGGAUGAAAACGUGGGACCAUUUCAAAGGGGCAUUCGCCAGACUAGACGAGAGGUUGGCCGAGGUAGAAACGAUACUGAUGGAGAAAGAUGAAAGGGAGCGACUGAUGGCCGUAAGAACAUACGAGGCAGUCGAUGAUUUGAAGAAGAACCUUCUGCCCCAAAUUGUGGAUGAACUGAAGAAGGAUAUUCUUGCAGAGCUUGCAGAACAGAUGAAAAAGGCGAAACCGCCAACUCCAGCGGCCCCCCCAAAACCGGAGAUCACGAAGCAAGACCUCGAAGGUUUCAAACAAAACAUCGAAAAGAAAGUCGUCGGCAUACACGAAUCAAUCUCGAAAGUGGAAAAGGAACUGAAAGAUGUCAAAUCUAAAAAAGAAACGUGCGCCGAAUUGAAUAAAAGGGCGAAUGAGACGCUCAACAAGUUCGAGAAUAAGAUCGACAACGAAGAAAAUAUACUGAAGAAGUACGUGAAGAAACUGGACGAAUUCACGAAUAACUGCAAGGCAGAUCAGGGGCAGCUUAAGGAGCAGAAUAAUUGGCAGACGAAUAUAACAAUCGAGCUCACAGAGCAGAAGCAGCACCUUCACGACCUCCUGUCCGACCUACAAAACGUCUCGAAAAAGCUCGACACCCUGCCGCAGAAUGAAGAUUUAGAAAAGAUAAAGAACAACACCAACGACCGCUUCGAAGAAAUCAACAAAAGCACGGAGGCCAACGCCAAAGCCAUAAUCGAAAACAUCGAGUCCAAGGCGAGCGCCGUCAAGACUGAGCUCGUCAAGGGCCACCAAGACCUGGCGAAAUCGAUCGACGAGUUGGUCAACAUAACCGGAACUUUGGGAUCGGAAUUCGGAGACAGCUACGAGGAAAUCAAGAACAGCGUGCAAUCCAUGAAGAAAAUAGACGAGGUGAUGGUCAAGACGGCGGAGAACGUCUUCGACACAAAGCGAAGGCUCGAGUAUGGCGUCCAUCAGAUUCUCGGGGAGAUGGGACAGCUCAUGAAGUCCGCUACCAACGAUAUAGCGAGUACGGUAGCCGAGAGGUUUGACGUCUUCGAGCAAUCCCUGUUGGACGAUGAAAACGGCGCACUGACCAACCUAACCCACAAACUAGGAGACGAAAUCGACCAAGUGUGGAGGCAAAUAGGCAUAAUGCACCAGAAGAUGAAUGCGAACGCAGACGUCCUGACGAAAUUACAAAACCAAACUGACGCAUACGUCAAUGGUUCGGCGAACAGUAUUGAUAACAUUAAAGGAAAGGUAAUAAAGGUGACAACAAAAAUAACAGAACUGGACGAAAAUCUGAACUUCCUCAUGGGGAAACUGAUGUUGGUUUCUCACGAAUUCAAUCAGAUCAAGACAGGCCUCUCAAAAUCCCUGGACGAGAUCAAGGGAACUCUGAACGCGGUGCAGGAUAAAGUGAAAGAUCCCGGUCCCGGACCACACAAAAUAGACGAGGGAGAAGAGGAGCCAUACGUGAAUCCAGCUAAGAAAUAAUCUCAGAUGGAUCUGACAAAAACUCUUUGUAUUUAUACGAUAGAAUUAACAUAUUUUUCAAUAAAGCAUUAUAUUUU